CUGUCUCCCCGGGCCGCUAUGUCCGUCUCCAUCCAGCUCCAGCCCAGCCCCCGGUGCCUGUUCGAUGAGCCGCUCGAGGUGAGAGUGAGCGGCCUCUCCCCGCUCCAACAGGUCACCCUCAAGGCUUGGCUCCGCGACGACAAGGAGCAGCUUUUCCAUUCGGCCGCUUUCUACACGGCGGACCCCCGCGGGCAGCUCGACCUGGCUCACUCCCCCUCCCUGGGGGGACACUACACCGGCGUCCAGCCCAUGGGCCUCUUCUGGUCGCUCAGCCCCGUCACCCCGUUCACUCGCCUGGUCAAGAGGGACGUCGCCACUUCUCCCCUGUCCGUCCACAUCGAGAUCUUUGAGGGACACUGGAGCCUCGGGCAGCUCCCAGCACAGCCUCUGGCCACCGCCAUCAAUCAGCGCUGGUUCAUGAAGGAAGGGCUGCUCAGGAUCCCAGUCAGAGAAGGCAGGAUCCGAGGGACACUCUUCAUCCCACCCGGAAAUGGGCCAUUUCCAGGGGUGAUUUCUGUGAAUGAAAUAAAAGGCGGAUUGUUAGAAUACAGAUCCAGUCUGUUGGCAAACCAUGGUUUUACAACACUAGUGUUAGCCUACCAUAAUUACGAUGAUCUUCCAAAAGGUAUGAUUAACUUGGACUUAGGAUAUUUUGAAGAAGCUGUCCAUUUUUUGAAGCAACAUCCAAAGGUUAAGGGUCCUGGUGUUGGAGCAAUUGGAAUAUCAAAGGGUGCAGAUUUGGUUCUCUCGAUGGCCGCCUUUUUACCAGAUGUGCGAGCAGCCGUUGUUAUCAACGGAUGCAUUACAAGUGCUGAGUUUGGAUUGUGCUUCAAAAAUAAACUAAUUUCUACUGGUCUGCGUCAUACUGUAAGCCGAAUGAAGAUUGCAGAUUCAGGAGUUGCAGACGUGUCAGAGGUUAUUAAUGAAGUUGACAAGGACAGCAUAAUCCCGAUAGAAAACACCAAGGGAACCAUCCUGUUCAUUGCUGGAGAAGAGGAUAAGAACUGGAAUAGCAAGCACUAUGUUGAUGAGGCUGUAAAACGACUCAAAGAACAUGGUAAUGAUGGGUUUGAGGUCCUCCGUUAUCGAGGAUCUGGACAUUACCUGGAACCUCCAUUUUUCCCCUUUUGUUAUGCCUCUUAUCACUCUGUGCUGAACAUCUGUACAAAGUGGGGAGGAAAUGCCAAGGACCAUUCAUCUGCUCAGGUGGAAUCGUGGCAAAAAAUUCAAGCAUUUUUCCGAAAGAUCCUACACCAAUAG